AUAUUGAGGAAAUUACUCAAAGUUGGAGCGACAAUCAAAGAUGCCGAAACGCUUCAUGGAAUGACGCCUCUCCACGUCGCAGCCAGAGAAGGACAUUCAGAAACAACAAAAGUCCUUAUUGAGAACGGCGCUGAUAUAAUGGCAAAGGCUAAAUUUGGCCGAAUUCCCCUUCAGACCGCAUCGGUCUACGGACAUCCUAACGUGGUGAAGGUGCUGAUAAAGGCCAAAGUUGAGGUCAACUAUCUCGAUGAAUUCAAGGACAAUGCCUUAGAUCUCGCAACUCAUUGGGGAAAUUUCCAGGUUAUAGAAGCACUAGUGGAAGGCAAUAUUGAGAUAGAUCGUCGCGACAAGGAA